CAAAAUUCUACCAUCGAUUCCUCUGCGUAGACCUCCGCUCCAUUUUUUUCUCUCUCUACACAAUUCCAUAGACGAGCAAUAUAUCAAUCAAUUUCACCGCCAAAAAAGAGGAAGAGGGGAAUGGACGCGGCGGCGGCGGCGGUGCCGGUGGAGGAGCUCACAUCCGGCGCGAGCGGCCGCAUAAUUCCGGUCUUCAAAAACCUCCGCCAGUCGAUUCUCUCCUACGACUCUCUCCGCAGAUCGCUCCUGCUAAUCUAUUCGUUUUUCGUGUGGAUCCUGCUCCUCCUACCUCGCCUCCACCGGAUUUCCGCCGCCGCCUCGCCGCCGUCCUCCCCACGGACGGCGUCGUCGUCGGUAAGGCGUCGGAAAUUCGGAAUCCGGAGAGAUGAGGAGGACACGAUGAGGCGCAGGGCUUUGGCUGAGGAGGUUGAGAUGGCGACGGAGGGUAGUAGCUGGUGCAGGUGGACGACGUCGUUGUUCUUCGGAGUGAAGCGGAAUGCGCUCUUCUGUAGGUCCUGGCUGCCGGUUUCCGGUGAAUUGAGGGGCAUUCUUAUCAUCAUACAUGGGCUAAAUGAGCACAGUGGGCGCUACACUAAUUUUGCUAAACAACUAGUCUCCUACAAGUUUGGGGCAUAUGCAAUGGACUGGAUAGGUCACGGCGGAAGCGAUGGUUUACAUGGAUAUGUGCCUUCACUCGAUCACGUUGUUGAUGAUACUGCGGCUUUCCUGGAAAAGAUCAAAUCGGAGAACCCAGGUGUACCGUGCUUUCUGUUUGGUCACUCGACUGGAGGGGCAGUUGUCCUGAAGGCUGCCUCGUAUCCCCACGUACAAGAAAUGCUCGAAGGAGUCAUACUGACUUCACCUGCUUUGCGCGUCAAGCCGGCCCAUCCCAUUGUUGGUGCCGUUGCACCAAUUUUCUCGUUGGUGGCUCCAAGAUUUCAAUUCAAAGGUGCUAACAAAAGGGGAAUCCCAGUUUCGAGGGAUCCCGCAGCUCUCUUGGCCAAAUACUCGGAUCCAUUGGUCUACACCGGACCAAUCAGAGUCCGUACUGGACACGAGAUUCUCCGCAUCUCUUCGUACUUGAUGCACAACUUCCGUUCCGUCACAGUCCCGUUCUUCGUCCUCCACGGAACAGCCGACAGGGUCACUGAUCCGUUGGCUUCCCAGGAUCUGUACAACGAAGCGCCAUCUGCAUUCAAGAACAUCAAACUCUACGAGGGCUUUCUGCACGACCUUCUGUUUGAGCCCGAACGUGAAGAGAUCGCUCAGGACAUCAUUGACUGGAUGGAGAGCCGACUGACUCCCGCCUGCCCGGAGGAAGCUACGGGUGUCUGGUGAGACGAGUCAGACGACACCGGAGGUUAUCAGCAGGAUGAGAUUCGGAGCUUUCUGUUGGGAUAACGCUGAUUUUGAUCGGAGAUUUCAGUGUGUAGAGACUGUAGGUCUGGCGCCAAUGUGAUUCGAAAUUUGUAUAUAAGGACAGUUUAAUUCUUUAAAAUCGUGUUAAAUAGCGCUUUUAUAAGAAAAGCCCCAUAUCUUGUUUGAACAAACUGCAUGAAAUACAUAUUCGAUUGGAACUUU